AUGGCCGACACCAAACCCCCAGCGGAUAAUGCGGCACCCGCUGCGAAGCCAGAGGCCAAACCCGAGGCAAAGCUUCCUAAAGCUCCAAAACCGAAUCCAAUAUAUAAAUACAUGGGAUUGGGGGAGAAUUUCCGGCCAAAGCUUCCCUCUCGAAACUGGACGAUAUUCCUUACCAUCACCGGCUCGUUCGCUGCCGCGGUCAUUUAUGACAAGAGGGAGAAGAAACGUGUUCAGCGGAAAUGGUGUAGGCUUGUUGAGCAUAUCGGCAAAGAGCCACUAGACCCGCGAGCCAUGCCGCGGAAACUUACAGUAUUCCUCGAAGCGCCCCCUUCCGAUGGACUCCGGUCGGCGCAGGACCAUUUCAAGGAAUACGUGAAGCCGGUGCUCGUUGCCUCUGGUCUGGAUUGGGAAUUCAUUCAAGGGAGAAAGGAGGGCGAUAUCCGAGCGGAACUUGCGGCGAAGAUCCGGAAUUCGAGGUUGCCUCCCGACCAGAGAACAGAAGAUGAUCCAGCUAUGGACACACGUAGGAAAAAUGGUAUCAACGAAUUCGAGGGGCCAUGCGGUGAUAUUGUUAUCGGGCGGCACACGUGGAAAGAAUAUGUCAGAGGGUUGCAUGAGGGUUGGUUAGGGCCUCUGGUAGAGCCAGCAAAGCCUGAGGACAUCAAAAACCCCGAGGAGCCAACUCCUGCAGAAAACCCAAUUGAUGCUCUCCCAGGAAGCAGCGACACAUCCCCGGGAGAAAUAGAAAAGCCUCCUGUGGAGCCCGUGGAACCCGAGCCUACUCCACAACCAGAGGAGAAGCCCGAGAAGCCUAAGAAACUAGCUGCCUUCAUUUCAACGGCAGACUACAAAACCGCACCUACACCACAACUUCCCAACGAAUUCGACCCUUCUAUACCCAUCUCAUUCCCUCACAUCCUAGGAUUCUUGAACACCCCCAAACGCAUCUACCGGUUCUUGAACAGGCGCGCCGUGGCAGACUCUAUCGGCCGCGAGACAGCCGCCAUAAUACUCUCCACCUACCGCCCCUACCACACCACCACGGAAUCUGGAUCUUCUUCGGAGUUCCCACCCGAUACCGUGGCGGACUCGUCUCAGUCCGACGGCGGCAACAUUGCCCAAGCAGCAGAGCAGCAAACUGCACUAAUAGAAGAGGAGAAAGAAUGGCAUAAGAGCGUCCGCGUGCGCAAGGAAGGAGAACCAGAGCGUACAUGGUUAGAACCCAUAGUACUAGACCCACGCAUCUCAAGCCGGAUGCGGAAAGCUGAGCUGACUGCCGAGGAUGAGGAGAGGUCGAAGACUUUUGUGAUCCCUGAAGAGGAGGUUGAGGGAUGGAUUAAAGGGGGGUUGAGGUCUUUGGGCAGGACAGGGUGGAAAUAUAUUACGGAGGAGAAGAAGAAGCCUGUGGCGGAAGGCUUGGUUGAGGAUGAAGAUUAA